AAACAGGUAUACGGAAAGGCUGAGAUCAUUAAAAUUUGUGCCACAGCAGAGCACUCCCCCUUGAAGGCUACAGGACAGCCUAAAGACAUUUGAGUGCGUAUAGAGGAAGCAGCCGCACAGCAAACACUUGUUUGUCUGCAGCUAUUGGAUACCCUUCUCUUCUUUUCUUAGAUUUAAGCAGGUGAACAGCAACAAUGGCAUCAGGUGUUCGGAUCGAUGACUGCAUCACCGCUGCGUUUCAAGAGAUAAAACUUAGGAAGUCUAAGAAGAAGGCCCUUUUCUUUUGUUUCACUCAAGACGAGAAAUUCAUUACUUUGGACAAGGAAAAAGAAAUCCUUGUGGACUACAAGGGGGAUUUUUUCCAGAUUCUAAAAUCAAUGUUCCCUGAGAAAAAAUGCUGUUACGCCUUGAUUGAUGUUAAUUAUUCCACGGGGGAAGCAACAAAACAGGAUCUCCUCUUUGUGAUGUGGACUCCUGAAUGUGCAACUGUCAAACAAAAAAUGCUUUUUGCUAGCUCUAAGUCAUCAUUAAAGCAAGUCUUUUCAGGUGUCCAAAAGCAAUGGGAAAUUCAGUCUCGCGAAGAUCUAACUAUUGAACAGCUGGCCGAAAAACUUUCAAGCGGCAAAAUUAAAUGCCUGGAAGGACAGAAUUUAUAGAUACCAAGUGCCACUAAUGUCUUCUAAACAGCCUGAAGUUAUUUAACAUUGCUAAAGCAGUGCACAUGGCAAAAAUUACUUGAUCAUUUACUUUAAUUUUUACAAAACCAAAUAGAAAAUAUUUUUUAAGACGAAUCUACGGUAGCUUUCUACCUAUUAACCUAUUCAUGUAUAAGACUGUCUUGUAGUUCAGAGACAUAUUAUGAACUUUUUUUUUUUUUUUAAAUUUUCAAAACUUUAAAACUCUGUAAGGAUACAGUAUUUUCAUGGAGAAUAUAUCAUAAUUUGACUCAAAUUCAGCACCUUCUGUUAAGUUUCAGCAUUUCCCAGGCAACUAUUGAUUUUGUGAUCAAACACAUAAGUUCAGUGACAUAUAUACAGCCAUAUAGCAACAGAGCAACUUUUUGCAGCUAAAUACAUUUUUUAUGGUUUUCUUUGGGAAACUCAAAAUAGGCUACAAAGUAAUGUGCAGACUGUCCCUACAGGAAACAACUAAAUCUGUUUGUGGCUUCGACAACUCAUUAGGAGUUAUUUAUGACCCCAGGAGGUGUAAGUGUCCCCACUCACUGCACUCUGCACCAAGCGCUGGAUAAAAAUUCUGCCGAUCAGCGAUGAGUGUAGCGUCCUUCCCCUCGUACCUUGCGAGGCAGGAUCAGUUGGAGGGUGGGAGGCCACACUAGAUUCCUGAGGAUGUUUACAAAACACCCCACACAGUGGGCAAAGUGCAAAAAACUGUCUGUUUGCAGACUUUUUUUGCACUUAAUACACUGUGUGUCGGAUUGUAAAUCAACCCUAUUGCCUUAAAUUACAAGUCAUUUAGUUUGCACUGGCGCUAUUGUUUUCAUAAGACGAUAUACAGUAUGUUCUGUUAAUAAAGGUGAGGUGAUGUGCAUUUUCAAA